AUGGGGUCGCCUCCAGGACCAGGAGCCAAUGUCAGCGCGACAGAGAAACCAGAAGUACAAGAACCCACCUCCUCUGCGCCGGAGGCAGACAAAGCUGGCGUUGCUAUCAACCAGAAACGCUCUUCUGCUGAAGGGGAGACGAUUCCGGGUUGGACAAUUAUGAGGCCGUUGAGAAUGCGUGGACUAAAAAGCAAAGGUAGCGCGACGCACUCGAAUGGAAAUGGGCAGAGCGCGGAUAGGAAAGGGGACCUCAAAACGACAGAAACAAACGUUACCAAUGGCAGUGGGGAUGGGCCUGGAGGAGUUGGGGAAGUCGAAGCCUUGCAUGAAAUCCGCAGCAACGAUGAAUUACUCGGAUCCGAUGAUGAAGGAGUCUCAGCUCGGCGCGUUGUCGUAGAAAACUCGGCAGAAGAUGAGGUGAUAAUAACAAGUAGUGAGACUGAGUUCAAGGUGUACAAAAGACGCUGGUUUGGGUUGGUGCAACUGGUACUCUUGAAUAUAAUUGUGUCGUGGGACUGGCUUACCUUCUCCGCCAACUCUACGACCGCUGCCGAAUUCUACCACGUAACAUCCUCGAGCAUCAACUGGAUCAGUACGGCGUUUCUAUUUUCGUUCGUUGUAGCAUCUCCAGUCGUUGUCUUCACUCUUCACCGUGGAGGCCCGAAAACGGCCAUCAUAAUCGCCUCAGUUCUACUCCUAGUGGGAAAUUGGAUAAGAUACGGGGCUACAAAGGCAAGGAAGCAUGGAAAUUUUGGUGGUCUUAUGUUUGGACAGAUCUUGAUUGGAUUGGCACAACCUUUCGUACUUUCGGCUCCAUCUCGAUACUCAGACCUGUGGUUCACAAAUCGAGGAAGAGUAGCAGCUACCGCCGUCAUGAGUUUGGCAAAUCCCUUGGGUGGAGCUUUGGCCCAACUUAUUGGCCCAGCCUGGGUCAGCAAGGCUUCUGAUAUUCCGAAUCUGGUGCUAUAUGUCUCUAUCAUUGCCUCUGUUGCAACUAUUCCUUCAUUCUUCAUCGCAGCAAAGCCUCCUACACCUAGCUCUCACUCGGGAAUGCAGCCAAAGCACCAGCUUCGACCAUCCCUACGCUUCUUGCUCACAUGUCCAGAAUUCUACAUGAUCGCGAUACCAUACGCCUUUUAUGUAGGACUUUUCAACAGCAUUUCGUCACUCAUCAACCAAAUCCUUCAGCCCUACUCCUUUACCGAGGACGAGGCAGGUAUUGGAGGUGCCCUCUUGAUUGUGGUGGGUUUGGUAACAUCCGCCAUCACCUCACCGAUCAUUGACCGUACAAAGUCGUACCUGAUUGCUAUCAAAGUCUGUGUACCCAUCAUUGCCCUCUGUUAUCUAGCAUUCACUUGGGCACCUCAGACGAGAACCAUUGUCGCUCCAUAUGUCAUCUUGUCUGUUCUUGGUGCUUCGUCUUUCAGUCUCGUUCCCAUUGUCCUUGAGUAUUUGAUUGAGAUCACACAUCCUGUGGCACCUGAAGUCACUAGCACAAUUUGCUGGACCGGUGGUCAGCUCUUAGGAGGAAUUUUUAUCAUUGUGUCGGAUGCACUGCGGGCUUCGGGAGCAAAUGAUGGCACCGCAGAUGAUCAUACCAACAGACCUCCGGGAAACAUGUACAAUACCCUAAUCUUCCAGACAGUCCUUGCCCUGGUUGUUGUGCCUUUACCACUUGCACUGGGCUGCUGUGGCAGACAUAAAGGUGUGAGAAUGCGGAGAGUCGACGCUGACAGGCAAGCGGCGGAAAGGCGCUAUAUUGCCAAUGGGGGAGUAGUGGCAGUUUGA